AUGAUUCUGCUCGAGUCGAACAACUACAUCAUCCAAACCACCCUCGCGGAGAAGUUCAUCAAGCCUUCUUCUCUGGAUGUUCAGUUUGUGGACUUCGAUGGUGUCCGGUUCCAUCUCUCCACCCCCGAGCGCAAGACUGGUCUUGUCCUCUCCAUGAACAUCCGCUGCUGGGAUGAGCUGGUGAAGUAUGGCGUCCGCGACGUGUUAAGCCGCGAGUACGGCCGCAUGGUGAAGCCAGCGCCGGAGCCUGAGUACAAUGUCAGCCUGGAGAUUGAUCUCGAACAAAUCCCUCCAGAAGGUGAACAACGAGACACGUUGAUAAAGUCACUUUCUUCCUUGAGGCGCAACGCUCUUGCUGCACCGUUCGAAGUCGCUUUCAAGGCACAGAAGCAGUUAGAGGCCUCUGGAAGUGGUCAGGGAGAGCUCAUGACCAUGCACUAUCGUGACGAAGAAUGCAUCUACGUACAGGCCUCGCCAGAUCGUGUCACGGUGAUCUUCUCGACCAUAUUUAGAGAAGAGACGGAUCGAAUUAUUGGUAAAGUAUUUUUGCAGGAAUUCGUUGAUGCGAGACGGCUACCAACGAUUCAAAGCGCACCGCAAGUUCUGUACACAACGGGCGAUCCGCCGUUGGAAAUUCGACAUCUCCCCGGUCUUACCGUCAGUGAAGACAUCGGUUACGUCACCUUUGUCCUGUUCCCUCGACAUUUCGCCAAUCCAUCCGUGGCCGAGUCAACAAUCAGCCACAUCCAGUUGUUCCGCGACUAUCUGCACUACCACAUCAAAUGUUCCAAGGCGUACUUGCACUCGCGCAUGCGGCACCGUGUGAGCGAAUUCCAAAAGGUCCUCAACAGGGCGAAGACGGAAGUAGCGGUCGUAGACAGGAAGACUGCAAGUGGACGCUCCAUGAUCUCACGAUGA